AUGGCAGACAUCGGCCUGGACACCGCGACCAUCGUUGCCCUAUGGUGCGAGGCACUCCUGUUCGGCGUCUUCCUCGUCCUGUUCGCCGUGAGCGUAUAUAUCCUCUGGCCGCUGUCGUUGCGCACAACAGGACGGGUGAACGGGCCGCUGCUCGCUACUUCCGUAUCCCUAUUCUUGCUUCUGGCUUCACAUGCAGCAGUCUGCCUGCGCAGAGUCCUCCAGGCUUUUGUGGACAACGAGCCUACACCUGGGGCCUUGGAGUUCCUCAGCGACACACGACAGUGGACCGAGCCAGUAACAGACCUCAUCUACGGCCUUGUCACUCUACUCGGUGAUGGCAUCCUCAUCUACCGCUGCUAUGUCGUUUGGGCCCGCAAGGGGUGGACGAUCAUUCCAUCAGUAAUUCUGUGGAUCGGCACUGUGGUCACCUGCAUACGCAGCGUCGUGAUGCAGUUCGAGCUGCAAGGCGGCGAGGGGAUCUUCGCGAGCCAGUUAAACGGCUGGAUCGAAGCUUUCUUUGCCUGUACGAUGGCCACUAACGGACUUACGACCGCACUCAUCGUACUCCGAAUCUGGCGAUCAAACAUCGAUGUGCGCAAGUUUGGCCACUCCAAUCUAGGCCCAGUCAUAGCCAUCGUCCUCGAAUCCGGCGCGCUGUACAGCAUCACAGUAUUCAUUCUGCUCAUGCUCUAUGUCGCCCAGACUAAUGCGCAGUAUAUCGUACUGGCGAUGGAGAUUCCCAUAAUCGUGUGUCCUAUCAUCCCCUACCGAUGUUAG